GCCUGAUAAAUAGAUUGCAGAGCUAGCUGAUCCAGCAGACUGGCAGUGAUUGUCGCUGUCUCACUGCUUCGUUUCUGUCACACGGCCCUGGGAAGAGACGGGCGGCGGUGCCGGGAGCGGCUGGGAAAUGAACCUCGGAGACGGUCCUGACAUAUUUUUCUGGUUGCAAUGACAAGUGUGGACGGCAGCCAUGCAGAUAAAACGCGCCACCCCUCCACCAAGCAUUCUGCACCAAAAGUGGAGGUGCACCGAUCCGUCUCCAGAGAAACCAUCACUAUUCAUUUCUCGGCUGCUGGGAAGGAAGAGGAAGAGGAGGAAGAAGAAUUUAAGGAGCCCCUCGAGGAGUUAGAUGACCAAAGCAUUGUAACGGGUGAAGAAGCCAUGGAAGAUCUUUACUUUGAUCCUGGUACACAGAGGGAUUCUUGCCCUGCCAACUCCGCCAUCAUGGCACAGAUGGAGUCCGAGUCGCUAGUGCCCUCUCAGCCAACACUAGAUCCUGUCCAAGCACUUGAAUCACUUGCAACCAAAACCUACAGCACAUUGCCAAUACCAUUGUCAUCCUCUUCAUCAAACUUCUGUCCAAAUGAAACCAAUAUGGCAUCUCCCACAAAGCAGGGAACUUCAGUGAGCUCCUCGCCAUCCAGGCUCCCUGCUUUGUCCAGUUCUACACCUGUGCUGCCCAUUUCUAGUGCAAAACCCUUUAUGAGUUUGGUUAAAUCCCUUUCCACCGAGGGAGACCCAAAAGAGCCAAGCACAAGGCACAGACAUUUAAUGAAGACUCUAGUCAAGUCAUUAUCAACGGACACUUCCAAGCAAGAUUCGGAGUCUUUCAAAGCAACAGACUCCAAACUCAACUUGCACUUGUUUAAACAGUUUACCCAGCCCCGCAUUACUGGUGGAGACUCUAAAACUGCCCCCUCGUCGCCCAUCACUUCCCCUUCAGAUGGACGCUCGUUUUUUAAGGUCAUCGAAGUGGAAGCUAAAAUAGAAGACACUAAAAGGCGCCUCUCGGAAGUCAUUUAUGAACCUUUUCAGCUUCUAAGCAAAAUUAUAGGCGAGGAACCUUUAAACUACAGGCCCAAAGCCUUAUCUUCAAGUGCGUCAGAGCUCUCCAACCUCUCUAGUCUAAAUGGGCAUCUGGAAAGCAAUAACUACAGCAUCAAAGAAGAAGAGGGGGAUGUAGAGGCCGACUGUUCCACUAGUGACGACAUUGCUGUGAAGGAUGAGCAGCCAAAAGCAAGUGGUGAGCACGUGAAGGAUUCGGCACAGCUGGUGAAAGACCCCAACCUAAGAACAUCCGCUCUGGCUCUGGAAAAGUGCUCUCUCUCUGCACUGGCCAGUAAGGAGGACGAGGAGUUCACAGAGUUAUAUUCUGAAGACUUUGAUUUUGAAGAAGAAGCAGAGGCUCACCUUGGGGAUGUGUCCGAGGCAGAGGAAGGUAGUGGGACGCCUUCUGUAGACGAAGGGGCUGUGUAUGUGGAACGUAGUGAGAUACCCGUAAAAACACUGUACUUUUUUGUAUUAGCGGUGUAUGGAUACCAAACACUCCCUCUCCCCAGUUACCUAGACGGGCUUUUUUUGGGGGUUGCCCUUGGUUUUAUGGCUGCCAUCUGUGUUAUUUGGCUUUUUUCAUCUACCCAUCCUCACCAGCAUUAUCAGCAAACGCUUAAAGUGGAACCUUUGCAAAUCAGUGAGCCUGAUAUCAUGAAGGGCUGGAUGAAUGAAAUCCAUAGCUACAACCCAGAAACGUAUCACGCUACGCUGACGCACUCCAUCUUUGUUCGCUUAGAAGGCUCAACGCUGAGACUCUCCAAGCCCAACAAAAAUGUCUCCCGCAGAGCCAUGUACAACGAGGCCAAGUCGGAUGUGGUGUACAUCAGCCAGAAGAUAUAUGACCUCGUCGACAGCAAAGUGCAUCUGGUGCCCAAGAGCCUGGCACGCAAGCGGGUGUGGAACAAAAAAUACCCCAUAUGCCUGGAGUUGGCGAGACAGGAUGACUUCAUGGCCAAAGCUCAGGCUGACAGAGAGGGGGCAGAGGAUAAGGUGCAUAAAGGGGAGCAGGCAGAGGAUGGCAGUAGGGCAGUGCCCACUCAGGAUGGUAGCAGAACAGCUGGGCACCGGGAACAAGUGCUUUAUCUGUUUGGUAGGACGGGCAGAGAGAAGGAGGAAUGGUUCCGUAAAUUUCUGCUGGCGUCCAAAAUGAGAUCAGAUGGAAAGAAAGCAAUGAAAUCAGGACUCCUGCUGUCACACAGUCGGCACAACAGCCAGUCCGGAAUCCUGUGCCACAGUCGGAACAGCAGCCGAGGGAGUCUGGAUGAAGUCCUGGCCCCAGUGAAGCCAAAGGAGAUCCCUGGGAAUGUGCGGCAGAAGUCGCUGUUGGACUAUAAUGUUUACAUGGCGCGGUGUAUCCCGCCGCAGGGGGGCCGCAGUCCCACCCAAAGUCCUGCACACAGUGCCAACAGCAGCCCCACAGCCACAAAGAAGGUUCCUGGGGAGCAUAUGGCGGGGGCAGAGGAGAAGCAGGCCUGGGUCAAUGCGCUGCUCGGAAGGAUGUUUUGGGACUUUCUGGGAGAGAAGUACUGGUCAGACCUGGUGUCUAAAAAGAUCCAAAUGAAACUCAGUAAAAUAAAGCUGCCAUACUUUAUGAAUGAACUGACCCUGACGGAACUUGAUAUGGGAGUCUCUGUGCCGAAAAUCCUUCAGGCCUUUGAGCCAACCAUCGAUCAUCGAGGUCUCUGGACAGAUCUGGACAUUUCCUACACUGGUUCUUUCCUUAUGACGUUGGAAACCAAAAUGAACUUGACCAAACUGGGCAAAGAGCCCAUCAGUGAGGCCUUAAAAGUGGGAGAGAUUGGAAAAGAGGGUGCCAGGCCCCGGGCAUAUUACCUGGCAGACAGUGACGAGGAGUCCUCCAGCGCUGGUUCUUCUGAUGAAGAUGAUGGAACUGAAGUAGCAGGAGAGAAGCAGCUGACUCCUGGCUCGGAGGGGUACUCGGGGGCACACAGAACCAGCAAGAUCAUGCGAUUUGUGGACAAAAUCACAAAGUCCAAGUAUUUCCAGAAGGCCACUGAGACGGAGUUCAUCAAGAAGAAGAUAGAAGAGGUCUCUAAUACCCCUCUGCUACUCACAGUGGAGGUGCAGGAGUGUCAAGGAACACUGGCAAUUAACAUUCCACCGCCCCCUACAGACCGGAUAUGGUACGGCUUCCGGAAACCUCCUCAUCUAGAACUGAAGGCCCGGCCCAAACUCGGGGAGCGGGAGGUGACGCUGGCCCAUGUGACCGACUGGAUAGAGCGGAAAUUAGAGCACGAAUUCCAGAAAAUCUUCGUCAUGCCAAACAUGGAUGAUCUCUACGUUCCCAUCAUGCACUCUGCCAUGGACCCACGUUCCUCAAAAGAAGCCGAUUUGGAGGCCAUAGACGUGCCAUGAAAUGUGAAGCCGCUCACUGUUAGCAGCAGUAUUACCCUCUGCCUUCCUCCAUCCUGUGCCCAUUCCCACCCCGUGGCGCUGCUGGGUACUGAGGUGUGAGAGCCCGCGGUACAGCUAGCCCCUGCUGAUUGGUUGGAUUCAGCCCUCGCCGCCAUUCCUCCCCUAAGGUGUAAGCUUUGUGGCCUUUAUUGGGACUCCAGCACCAUUUGGAUCAGGACCUUUCUCUACAGAUGAUAUGGCACCCUCUUCCCAUAGGGACCAGGGUAGUGACUGUUGGGUGUAAGUACUGGCCGCCAUGUUGUAAGGAAUUGGGUCGUCCUUGCUGUUGUCAUGGCAAUGGUGCCAGCUGCCAGGUUACUGUAUGCGGUACUGACAAGAUGCCCUUUUGUAUGGGAAGUAGGAGCCACCUAUAUGUUUGGAAAUGCCAGCUGCCAUUUUAUACUGAGUUAAACCUAAAGCCACAGGUUCCCAGCACCGGGCCCAGUGCAGCAGGAUAACCACUAGUGUUCAGCUUUAUGCCCAGAACUUGCCUCACUUUGGGCACUUUAUAUGGCGCGUUGUCUGCUUCAUAUUGUGUAACAAUUGUGCCCUUUGUGUACUCACCUCAUGUGGCUGCUUGUGGGUAACUGGCACUUAAAAGCGUGGUGAAGGCUGUGGGUUUGGGGUUCCUUAGCGCCUCCCUGGCUCCAGCCGCGCCCUUGCACAGCCAUUUUACUGGUGGGCAUGGAACUCUGUCAAUGAAGGAAUAUUUUUAUCUCUAAAGUAUUUGUAAGUGAGAGGAACUUGAGCAACAGCUACACACAGCCACGCCCCUUACACACAGCCACGCCCCUUGUCUUUUGCUUUGGAUUAUACUCUCCAGUUCUGGGUAUCCCUUGUUUGGCCCUGUGGCCCUUAGCAUGAUUAUUUGUUCCACUGCCAGUGUAGCAUCUCUCCCAGAGUUUGGGGGGGGGGGGUCUAAAGAGGGGAUCACAGGUGCAGCAGGACAAGGGUAAGCAUGCAGCCCUGAAUAUGCCCCUCGGCACUACAUAAUCCUAGUGCAGCCCUUAAUUUGCCCCCCCCCCCCCCCCCCCCCCGGCACUACCCUACUGCAGCCCUGGAUAUGCCCCCCCGGCACUACAUAAUCCUACUGCAGCCCUGGAUAUGCCCCCCCAGCACUACAUAAUCCUACUGCAGCCCUGGAUAUGCCCCCCCAGCACUACAUAAUUCUACUGCAGCCCUGGAUAUGCCCCCCCGACAUUACAUAAUCCUACUGCAGCCCUGAAUAUGCCCCCUCGGCACUACAUUACACUACUGCUGCCCUUGAUGCCCCCCCCCGGCACUACACAAUCCUACUGCAAAUAUUAAUUACCCCCAAGAAGUGAUUUGGCCCCUAAGCUACAGGGAAGAGUUCCUUGGUGCUACAGAGACCCCUUACAUGCCUCCUACUGUCAGACUGUACCCCCCACAGUAUGUGUGGGGGGUGGAGUUUGCAACCAAAGGGGCCAAUGGCAGCAUCGGCUGAGUUUGGGGGGGGGGGGGUCUAAAGAGGGGAUCACAGGUGCAGCAGGACAAGGGUAAGCAUGCAGCCCUGAAUAUGCCCCUCGGCACUACAUAAUCCUAGUGCAGCCCUUAAUUUGCCCCCCCCCCCCCCCGGCACUACCCUACUGCAGCCCUGGAUAUGCCCCCCCCUGCCAUUACACCAUUACAUUACCCUACUGCAGCCCUGGAUAUGCCCCCUCUGCACUACAUUACCCUACUGCUGCCCUGGAUGCCCCCCCCGGCACUACAUAAUCCUAGUGCAGCCCUGGAUAUGCCCCCCCAGCACUACAUAAUCCUACUGCAGCCCUGAAUAUGCCCCCUCGGCACUACAUUACCCUACUGCUGCCCUGGAUGCCCCCCCGGCACUACAUAAUUCUACUGCAGCCAUGGAUGGGCCCCCCCCAACAUUACAUAAUCCUACUGCAGCCCUGAAUAUGCCCCCUCGGCACUACAUUACACUACUGCUGCCCUGGAUGCCCCCCCGGCACUACAUAAUCCUACUGCAGCCUUGGAUGGGCCCCCCCCUUGGCACUACAUAAUCCUACUGCAGCCUUGGAUGGGCCCCCCCCUUGGCACUACAUAAUCCUACUGCAAAUAUUAAUUACCCCCAAGAAGUGAUUUGACCCCUAAGCUACAGGGAAGAGUUCCUUGGUGCUACAGAGACCCCUUACAUGCCUCCUACUGUCAGACUGUACCCCCCACAGUAUGUGUGGGGGGUGGAGUUUGCAACCAAAGGGGCCAAUGGCAGCAUCGGCUGAGUCACAUUGCCUGUAUGGAGGAACCUGGGAACCAAUCAUAGGCUGGGCCCUAACUGUGCAAUGGCGGAGCGUGGAAGUGAAUAUUUGCACCCGUUGGCAUGGGCGCUUUCCCUUAGUGACGCCAUGUUGUAAUGAAUAUUUAUUGUACAAAUUGAUAGCUUUGUGUGUGAUACUCGGGGAAGGCGCCGGAAACACGAUCUUGUGACGUACAAUCAGACAAUCCCAUGUGAGGAGGUGGGAAGCACUUGGUUGGCAUUCCUGUUGCUAUGGCAGUGCCACCCUGGCACUCAUACACAUAUAUAUUUAUACAUAGAUUUUCUAGUGCUUGCUGGUUGUGAGAAACGUGCCAAGCGUAUGAUUUGCCCCAGGGCAGCUGAUGAAUUACAGGCAGGAAAAUGCCAUUUCAUGAUUAUAUAUUUCUUUCUCUUAUAUUGUGUCUUUACAUGAUCUUACUUGGCCUUUAAUUUAAAUCUAUUUGUUCUCUGUGUCACAUGAAGGUAUUUAUUAGCAGCUGGAAAGCCAGCCUAUUGGUUGCUAGAAAGUGGGAGUGUCGGUGCGGGAGCUGGCCCAGAGCUCUAGUGUAGACCCCCGCACUGGGGGUACUUUAUAUAAUAAAGGGUCAAGAGUUCUCCAUGAA